CAAACGCCGUCCAAUUUUAAAUAAAACCGCAGUGCAGUCAUAUACAAGAACUGUCAAAAGACCGUUAAGUAAAAAUGAAAAACCAAGAUGGUGCUGGAGAAUUUACAGCUGUUCCAGCCGUUGAGCCGUGAUAUGGUGUACCACCAUCGGCAGACGCCCAUGCGGGCCACACCAGCGGCUUUAUCGAGGAGCAUUUCGAGAAGUGCCGAAACCCUGGCCAGUACGAAAGGGAAAGAAGUAAAAACUCGCAAAGCGCGCAGCACGGAGCAACCCGGGGCCUCGGGGCUUACCAAAGGCUCCAGCUCCGUAGAACUUCCAGCCCUGGGCAAGACCUGGGGCAGAGAUGACGACAGUCUGCGCAGCCGGUCUAGGAAUGGCAGUGGAAGCUCCAGGGCCGGCAGCCUGGACCGGAGCUCCCGGGGCUCCAGCACCACCCUUAACUCGGACGAAGACAACAUCAACGUCGUAGUCAGAGUUCGUCCCCUCAACCACAAGGAGCGUGCGCGCCAAGAGCGUGACAUGCUGGAAUUCCCCGGCAAGGGACAAGUCAUCUGCCAUAACCCGGGACAGAAGUCCAAGGUGUUUUCGUACAAUGUGGUCUUCGAGCCUGCAGCUACUCAGGAGGACGUCCUGGAGUACUCCGGUGUGAAGCGGCUCUUAGAGAUGGCAGUCGAAGGGUUUUCCUGCACCGCCUUCUGCUACGGGCAGACAGGCAGCGGCAAGACGCACACUCUGACCGGCCCACCGGGCUUGGUGGAACGCGGAGCAAGCCCUUACUCCGAAGAACACGGACUGGUGGUGCGGUCUUUCGUGUACCUGUUCCGGCUGAUACACGACCGUCCGGAAUGCCACUUCAUACUGAAAGCUAGCUUCCUUGAGAUCUACAAUGAGAAGGUGAUAGACCUGCUGAACCCGGGCACCGCUCGCAAGCCCCUGCAAGUGCGAUGGUCGAAGGAGAGCAGAGGGUUCUACGUAGAGAACCUGUUCACUGUCGACUGUGAAGAGCUGGACGACCUGUUCGCUGUGCUGGAGGAAGGCAUGCGUAACCGCGCAGUAGGCGCGCACGCGAUGAACAGCCAUUCAUCCCGCUCGCACACGUUACUCUGCGUACGGGUGCGAAGAGACCUGCGCACCGACGGCGACGUGACCUGUUCCACCCACGGCAAGAUCAACUUCGUGGACUUGGCGGGCAGCGAGAUGACCAAGAAGACGCAGAGCACGGGCAAGACGUUGGAGGAGGCCAAUAAUAUUAAUAGAAGUCUUAUGGUUUUAGGAUACUGCAUAGCUCAACUAAGCGACGGUAGGAAGAGAGGCCACAUACCGUACCGGGACAGCAAGCUGACGAAACUGUUAGCUGACAGUCUGGCGGGCAAUGGUGUUACUCUAAUGAUAGCGUGUAUAGCCCCUUCGAGAUCAAACAUAAGCGAAACGGUCAACACUUUACGAUAUGCAGCCCGAGCUAAGAAGAUCAAAACCAAGCCUAUCGUCAAAAUGGACGCAAGAGAUGCGCUCAUUCUGAGUCUGAAGAGAGAGGUGGAAGCUCUCCAAGCAGAAAACCAACACCUCAGAACUGCGCUACACGUCCAUACAGAUUACAAUAUGGAGUACAGCAACCAUCAACGUCCCCGCAACACCCCUCCAGCACUCGAAGCCAACAAGCUCUACCAGCUGCCCCAAUCAGAGCUAGUCGAGCUCGUCCAACUCCACAUGGACGAGAAUUCGGCCUUGAGGACCGAGAACCAAGACCUGUUCGGCGUGAGGGACCAGCUGCUCAGGGACCAGGAGCUGCUGAGCCGGGAGAACGAGCGGCUGCUGAAGAAACUGGAGGAUGUCAACUCCGUAUGCAUUCGUUCGCCGAUCAUACCCGCGCGCCCCGCGUAUUCUGACAUGGGAUCAUCGGACCAGCCUAACAUCUGGACUAAUCCCGCUGGCUCGUCGACCAACAGCGUCGUCAGCGCAGGCAGUAGAGGCAGCUAGAGUUUACUGCCACGCAGGUUACAGUUACACAAGUCGUAAGAAAUGACAGUUUGAAGUACAGUUG